GUUAUUUUAAUAUUACAAACAGACACGGCAAUUUUAUUUAUUUGUAUAGAUAGUAAAGUUAUAAUUGAUUCACGUCUAAAAUGUCCUUAGCAAAGAUGGAGACCGAAGAUGCCGCCGGUCGCAAACUGCUGGACGAUAUGCCACCCAUAAACUGCGAAAUCUUCGAGGGUCCCUACGGUGGCAGCAACGAUAUUGGCGAUAUGACAUUUUGUCUAGGAAACUAUGUACCUGAUUUUAUGAAGAUGUUGUUUACAAUGAGAUCGCAUCAUAUGCUAACUGACGUAGUAUUAGAAGUAGGAAACGAAUUGUUUCACGUUCACAAAGUUGUGCUAGCUGCUGGCAGUCCUUACUUUAAGGCAAUGUUUACGAGUGGGUUGAAAGAGUGCGAGAUGUCACGCGUCCGACUUCAGGGCGUGUGUCCGUCGGCCAUGGCGUGGCUCGUAUACUUCAUGUAUACGGGGAAAGUACGCAUCACCGAGGUCACGGUGUGCCAGCUACUUCCUGCCGCUACCAUGUUCCAGAUAUCGAACGUUAUAGACGCGUGCUGUGCGUUUCUCGAGCGUCAGCUGGACCCGUCGAACGCCAUCGGCAUCGCGAACUUCGCAGAGCAGCACGGCUGCGCCGAACUCAAGCAGAAAGCGAACCAGUUCAUUGAGAGACAUUUUACACAAGUAUGCAAAGAAGAAGAAUUUUUACAAUUAACUGCCCAGGAAUUAAUAAGCUUAAUACGAAAAGACGAACUCAAUGUUCGAGAAGAAAGAGAAGUUUACAAUGCCGUGCUAAGUUGGGUAAAAUUCGACGAGGACCGGCGACAUCCUCGAAUGGAGCAUAUCUUGCAGGCGGUACGGUGUCAAUACCUCACGCCAAGCUUCCUUAAGGAGCAGAUGAGUACGUGCUCCGUACUUCAGAAAGUACCCGCCUGCAAAGAGUACCUCGCCAAGAUAUUCAAGGAUCUAACACUGCACAAAAAGCCGGUAGUAAAGGAGCGUCGGCCCAACACGCCGCGUAUCAUCUACGUAGCGGGCGGCUAUUUCCGACACUCCAUAGACGUUUUCGAAGCUUUCAACAUCGACGAUAACUGUUGGAUCACGCUACCCCGGCUUACUGUUCCCCGAUCCGGACUAGGUGCUGCAUUUCUUAAGGGCAUGUUCUACGCGGUGGGAGGACGAAACACGUCGCCGGGCGCGUCCUACGACAGCGACUGGGUGGACGUGUACAGCCCCGUGGCCGAACACUGGCGGCCUUGCAGUCCUAUGGCCACACCGCGACACAGGGUCGGAGUGGCGGUAAUGGACGGUUUGCUCUACGCGGUCGGUGGCUCGGCGGGCACGGAAUAUCAUAAAACUGUGGAGUGCUACGACCCGGAGAAAGACGCGUGGACGUACGUGGCGUCGAUGGGGCGCGCGCGGCUGGGCGUAGGCGUGGCCGUCGUCAACCGCAUGCUGUACGCCGUGGGCGGCUUCGACGGCGCGCGCCGCUCCAAUUCCGUCGAGCGCUACCACCCCGAGAACAACUGCUGGUCCGAGGUCGCGCCCAUGCACUACGCACGCAGCGGUGCGGGCGUGGCAGCGAUGAACCAGUUCAUAUACGUGGUGGGCGGGUACGACGGCACGGCGCAGCUAGCGUCAGUGGAACGCUACGACACCGAGCGCGACUCCUGGGAGGAGGUGGCGCCCAUGCGGGCCGCGCGCUCGGCACUGUCGCUCGCCGUGCUUGAUGGGAAGCUGUACGCUAUGGGCGGCUACGACGGCACCGCAUUCCUGGACGUGGUCGAGAUCUACGACCCGGCCAGCGACUCGUGGAAGGGCGGCACGCCGCUGACGUCGGUGCGGUCGGGGCACGCGUCCGCCGUGUGCUACCAGCACGUGGCGCCGCCCGAGCCCGACGCGCCGCCCGCGCGCGCGCGCCGCGCCGACGACGUGCCGCUCGCCAACAACAUCGUGCGCACCAUCGCGCACCCGCAGUGCCGCGACUAG